GAAUGGGCAACUGGUGAUACAAAACCAGAACGCUAAUGCUUACUAAGGGAUUAUUGAGACCCUUUAAAGUCUGGACUAUUGAGUAUUAUCAAGCCCCAAGGUCCAGAUUGUCAUCAUUGAAUUAGUCAGAUAGUUUCAGCAGCUUAAAGUGCGAUAUUAGGUCUCAUUCAGUAGCUUUGUGCCUCAAGAAAGGGGAUACCCCGAUUCUGUCAGUCAUGCCAUAUUGUUUAGUCCCUCUUGCUCCUCCUGAAUUUUUCCAGCCCAUAUAAAUUUAUCUCAAGAUUCCCUCGAACAACAAUCUUUUGUUAAGAGUGAUUCUGUUUCUUUCAAUUUCAUUUCAUCAAAUACAUAUAAACAAUGUCUUCUAUAACCUUAAGAAAACCAAUUGGGUUUGUUGGCAAGUUCAACCGGGUUUUAAAGAAUAACAAGAGCACUCCUAAAGUUUUAGCUACCCUUGCUGGGGGUAUAGUUGCUGGUACUGCAAUAUAUGUCUAUUCAAAUAAUAAUAACACUCCUAAUAAGAAUAACCAUUUGGGGAAAAUCUUAGCCUCUAAUGCUGGUGCAGUUGCAGUUUUAAAUAAGGAAAAGAAUUUCAAAGACUAUCAACAAGUUUAUAAUGCAAUUGCAGAAAAAGUGAGAGACCAAGAUGAUGCUGAUGAUGGUGCUGGUAGAUACGGUCUUUUAACUAGAUUAGCAUGGCAUUCCAGUGGUACUUAUGACAAAAAUACCAAUACUGGAGGGUCAUACAAUGGUUCAAUGAUUUAUUCACCAGAAUCAACCGAUGGAGAAAACGCAGGUUUAGAAGUUGCUCGUGAUUUUUUGGUUGAAUUCCAUUAUCUUUUCCCCUGGUUGAGUCGAGGAGACCUUUGGACUUUAGGAGGGGUUGUUGCCGUCCAAGAAUGUGGAGGUCCUAAGAUUCCUUGGAGACCGGGCCGUAAAGAUCUUGAAGACCGUAAGAAAGUUCCAGAAAAUGGUAAUUUACCUGAUGCCUCCAGAGAUGCUGACUACGUUAGAAAAGUUUUCACCAGAUUGGGAUUCGAUGAGCGUGAAACCGUUGCAUUAAUCGGUGCUCAUUGUUUAGGCAAAUGUCACACUGAUAGAUCUGGUUAUGAUGGUCCAUGGGGUCCUUCAUUCAAUAUGUUUACUAAUGAUUUUUACGUUAGAUUAUUACAAAACUGGCAUGUUAGAAAAUGGGAUGGUAAAAAACAAUAUGAAGACGAUGAAACUAGCUCUUUCAUGAUGUUACCAACCGACUACGCUUUGAAAGAAGAUUCCAAAUUCUUAAAAUACGUUAAGAUGUAUGCUGAAGAUCAAGAUUUAUUCUUUAAAGAUUUUUCAAAAGCUUUUAGUGCUUUACUCGAGAAAGGUAUCGAAUAUCCUAAAGACGUCAAACCUUUCGAAUUCAAAACUUUAGAUGAACAAGAAGAUUAAACAGUUUGUUUCUAUUUAAAUGUAUGUUUUUGUAUUUAA